AAAUUUGGAGGUCUUAAUCAUAGGAAAAGGUCAUAUCAGUGAAAACUUUUUUCCAGGCAUUGGAGGAGUGUAAUAUGCUGAGAAGCGUGACUGUAAACGAGGCUAUUCUAGGAAAUGGUGCUCAGGAAAUAGACUUGAGUCAUGAUCGGCUACGUGAACUUAAAAUUACAAAAUGCCGAGUCAUGCGUUUGUCUCUCAG